CUCUGUGUCUUGAUCAAUUGGGCGUGAACCUAUUUUCAAAAUAACAGAGCCGGUGAGCAUCAAGGAAGAGACACGCUGAACGGAGCAAGCUCACGACUACAAGAUGAGCACAGAUGUGCAGAGAAACGUCCAGAACGGCAAAAAUCACAGAAUGAGUAAAGACGAGACAGAGGUGAAGCGUUUCUUGGAGCCUUUCCGUCUCUCUCAGAAGACACUGCAGGACAUUUCGUCUCGUUUGACCCAGGACAUGAUCAAAGGUUUGGGCCGACACUCGCACCACAAGGCCCCGGUCAAGAUGCUGCCCACCUUUGUCAGAGCUACGCCUGAUGGGACAGAAAAAGGGGAUUUUCUGGCCUUGGACUUGGGUGGGACUAACUUCAGAGUGCUUCAUGUUCGAGUGAAUGAGGAUGAAAAGUCUGUGCUGAAGAUGGACAGUGAGAUCUGUGCCAUCCCCCAGGAAAUUAUGACAGGAACUGGAGAGCAGUUGUUUGACCACAUUGCAGCAUGUCUGGGGACCUUCCUGGAGAAACAGGGCCUCAAAGAGCAGGUGCUGCCUCUGGGUUUCACCUUCUCCUUCCCCUGUGAGCAGAAGGAGAUCGACAAGAGUAUCCUAAUCCGGUGGACCAAAGGCUUUAACUGCUCUGGAGUGGAAGGCCGAGACGUGGUGCAGCUGCUGAAGGAGGCCGUGCGCAGACAAGGGGAUUAUGAGAUCGGCACAGUCGCCAUGGUGAAUGACACCGUGGGAACAAUGAUGAGCUGUGGAUACCGUGACCAGAGCUGCGAAAUCGGCAUGAUUAUAGGGACGGGGACAAAUGCCUGUUACAUGGAGGAGAUGUGUAACGUGAAGCGUGUGGAAGGCGAGGGUGGCAGGAUGUGCAUAAACACUGAGUGGGGCGGCUUUGGGGAUGACGGGUCUCUGCGGGACAUUCAGACCCAGUUUGACCUGGAAGUGGAUCGCUCCUCCAUCAACCCUGGAGUCCACAUAUUUGAGAAGAUGAUCAGUGGCAUGUACCUGGGUGAGAUAGUCCGCCUACUGCUGGUGAAAAUGACUGAGGACAAAAUUCUGUUUAGUGGAAAGGUCUCAGAAAAGCUCCGAACCUCAGGGGCCUUUCUCACUAAGUUCAUCUCUGAGAUAGAACAGGAGGGCAGUGGAGAGGAAAACACCAAGCGCAUCCUGUCUGACCUGGGCCUGCAGUGGAGCACAGCGGACCUCAGAGCGGUGCAUUUGAUUUGUGACACUGUCUCGUCCCGUUCGGCACAGCUAUGUGCAGCGGCAUUAGCGGCCGUCGCUAACCGUAUCUGUACCAACCGAGGCUUGGACCAUCUCGAUACCACUGUGGGCGUGGAUGGGACAGUCUUCAAAAAGCAUCCAACCUUUAGUGCUGAGCUCCGGUCUAUGGUCCAUAAGCUGGCCCCUAAGUGCACCUUGAAAUUCAUAGUUUCUGAGGACGGCAGCGGAAAAGGAGCUGCCAUGGUAACAGCUGUGGCCCAGAGAAUCGCCGCCCAGUCUCACCUGAUCGACGACAGUGAUGAAGACGAGCUGGAAGAGAAUUGAUCAAAUGCUGACCAGGGAGGUGUGGUUAUUGUGUCCUCGGGCAAGACACUCAACACCCAUCUUUUCUCCAGUUGCUGUGUUUGUAAAUGUGUGUGUGAAUCAGAGAGCUUUCAGUGCCCAGUGAAAGUAGAAAGCACUAUAAAAGUUACUUUAUUACAUUAUUUUAUGUUUAAAAAGUUCAGGUUUACAUAAUAUUUUGUCCUAUUUUAGUGUGGUUUAGGCUUGAUUUAGUCAAAGCUUAGUCCUGGUUCUCAUUGAGAUGUUACUUAGUUAUUCUCAUUUAUUCCAGUCUAGUCCUGUUUUAGAAAUUGAUACAUGAUUUAGUCUGGGUUUAAACAAGAUUUUGUUUUGCUUUUGUCCUAAUUUAUUAAAAAAAAAAUUCAAAUAUUGAAAUAUUUUGGCAGAUCAGCUGUUAUUUAUUAUUUAUAAAUAUGACUGUAAAUACGUUCAUACCCUCACCUACGGUCAUGAGCUUUGGGUAAGGACCGAAAGGACAAAAUCGUGGAUACAAGUGGCCGAAAUGGGUUUCUUCUGCAGGGUGGCUGGGCGCUCUCUUAGAGACAGGGUGAGGAGCUUGGUCACUCUGGUGGAGCUCAGAAUAGACCCGCUGUUCCUCCACAUCGAGAGGAGCCAGCUGAGGUGGCUCGGGCAUCUCUUUAGGAUGCCUCCUGGAUGCCUCCAUAGGGAGGUGUUCUGGGCCCCCCCGGGAGGAGGCCCUGGGGAAGGCCCAGGACACGCUGGAGGGACUAUGUCUCUCGGCUGGCCUGGGAAGGCCUUGGGAUCCCACCGGAGGAGCUGGAGGACGUGUCUGGGGUGAGGGACAUCUGCUCCCUGCUUAGACUGCUGACUCGGUCUAAGCAGGGACUCCCAGACUUUGCCCCGGAAAAUGGAUGUUGGUACAUUUUUAAGUUAAUAAAAAUAAAAAUAAAAAGAAGUACCGUUUACUUUUAUUAAAAAUACACAUCCAGUAAAAUGUGUAUUUUUGUAUUUUUUUUUACCUUCUAACUGUGUAUGCUGUUUUGUCUUUAAAUGAAACUGCAAUGAGGAAAAACAGGAAAUUAAAGACAAAUUCCUCCUG